AUGAAGUUGCCGGGAGGGCUGCUCUUCGCAGCCGUGGCACUCUUUGCCUCCGAUAAAGUCUUUUCAAAGACUCUCACCAUAAUCGAGCCUUGCCCAAGUGCUCCGAGCCUUAGCCUGCCUGCCAUUACGGUAACCACUCAAUAUCAACCUGUGUCGACCUGUCAAGCCACGACCGCUUGUAUCAAGGGUAAAUGCUCGACGAUCUACCCAUUCACGACAUAUCCAUAUGUGUCUACUGUUAUUCCCUGCGCCUGGAACGGCACAACGACUCAGACUACCACGGUGACUCAGGUCAAGCAGGCUGUCAGGGCCUCAGAGCACCUCGAAACCCUCACUCAUGUGACGUCCGCUCCUUAUCUCGACAAAGCCGCCUGGAUUGACUGGUUCAAACAACAGCCGUCAGCGACUAAGAAAGUCACAUCUUACGAAACGGUCAGCCGUCGAGCUAUAGCGCCAUACGACGCUAUUGGACCACUCGCGAUACCUGGUUGGAACGGCAGCGGACUAUGCAAAAAAUGCGUGCAGAACAAUGGUACUCUUUCUCAACUCUUGGCCGUGACUGAAUGUCGACUUGGGACUAAGUCGGGACAACCAUACCAGAGAUGUCUUGAGUGGCAAGAGGUUUGGAUCGCACAGCCUCCAAGUACUGUUCAUGCUGAAGCGCCUUGUUCAAGUACAGGAACGGUUCCACAGGCCGGUGUCUACACUUGGACUUUCCCUCAGGCUGCUCCCUCGGUGACAGUUACAAAGCCUCCAGUUACGGUUACUGUAACGGUUGACAGCGGCCGACCAAAGAUUACGACCCAAGCGAGGGUUCAAGUUAUCCCAGGCCGACCAUGGAAUGCAUACAUAACGAAGUCCUUUGAUGGCCCAACGACUUUCAACUUCGAGAUCUUCGUCACCAAGGUCUUCGUUUUCGAGAUCCCCCCCACGACUAGCUCAGCAGGAAGUUCUUGGAGUGUCCCCAUUCCAACCGGACCAGGAUCGCAUCUAGGCGGUGGUAACAAUGAAAAUGGAUGGUGGCCAUUACCUGGGGGAGAUGCAAGCUGGACAAGUCACACUGGUGACAACGUCUGGGAAGACUGGAUAUCGACUUCGAUUGUCGUCUCUUCGACUAGCUCCGCCAUCCACGUGACCACGUCAACAUCUGCGGUGACUUCCGGCCCGAUUGGCGGAUCGUCAACAUCAUCGUCCAGAGGUAGCAGCACCGGCAGCUCGCAAUCUUCAUCUACCACAGUGACUUCUGGCCCGAUCAGUGGAUUAACCACGUCAUCCAGAAGUACCAGCACCAGUACCUCGCGUUCCACAACAUCACAUAGUAUUACGGCCAGCACUUCGGCGCCUUCCACGUCCACAAAUGCAAUCUCUAGUGGUUCAUCGUCCUUGUCCUCAUCGAUAAGUACUAGUGGAUCUGGGGCCACAUCUGUCACCAGCAGCUUUACAGCUACGAGCACCGCGUCUACGACCAGCAUCGUUCCCAGCGGAUCAGGUUUUUAUCUCCAGAUCAGCGGCACCCCUGUUACUGGCCUAACCCCGCGGCAAACGGUCGUCCGGUAUGUGGGAUUUGACUCAAGUAACUAUGCCAUUGCAGUGGAAGGCAUCUCUGAGGCCGCCCAGGUCUUCAAAGGCAGCGACAACACCACAUUUUUCUCGGAUAACCGAUACCUUGGCACUGCAACGCUUACUAGGUCGAUUGUUCAGCGCUUCUUGGACUUUCCCAGAGGGUUUGCCGUAUGGGACAUCAUCGGCAUUUUUGCACAUUUGCGAAACACCGCAGGAUUCUGUUUCGACAAUGGCUUCGUCUACGCUUAUACUGACUCGGAUAUCUGCGACAAUCCGAUCAACAUUAUUCCAACCAAUCCAGCAACAACCAGCACCACAUCUGCCACGCCCACGUCGAUCGUUACAGGGACUUCAACGUCAAGCCUUGGGACGGCAUCCACCAGCGUAACUUCGAUAUCUUCAGCGUCUGGUGGUUCGACCUCUACACCAGGCUCGUCUACUUCUGACACGACUGGAUCGACCACCUCGUCUACGCCCGCUGUUUCGACUACCGCCGGUGGAGGGACAUCUACUUCAGGCUCGAGUGGCUCCAUUGGUCCGACAACCGGGUCAACGACCUCAAGCCCUUCUAGCAGUACCUCAUCGUUAUCAUCCGACACCGGCUCUUCGACUGCGACGCAGUCUCCUACCACCUCGGAGUCCGGUUCGACCAGUACUACCCAAUCAGCAUUGCCCACUUCUAGUGUUUCGAGCUCGGAGGGACUUACAUCUACCACUAGCGGCGGCCCAACGAUUUCAACGACGGCGUCGUCUUCCGAAGGAGGUUCGUCCACCUCGUCUUCUGAUGAAACAACCACCUCUCGGUCAACAACGGAGGCCUCGUCAAGCACAACCGUCGCGUCUUCAACGUCUGCGGAAAUUUCGUCUACCAGCACAGGCUUGCCCGUCAGUACAAGCUCGUCCACUGGUACAGCAUCCACUUCCACUAGGAAUGGCUCUUCUUCUGGUACAGAAACUUCCACAUCCACUGGGCUCAGCUCUUCAACGUCAACGGUUCCAGGUUCUUCAACAAGUACAGAAUCAUCCACAGGCAACCCAUCGACAAGCACGACUUUGUCAACAGGCAGUCUGUCUACCGCAUCUAGCACAUACACUAGCACAGUAUCGUCUGCCAGCUCAGCAUCAUCUGCUAGCUCAUCGUCCUCAAGCUCAGCAUCGUCUACUAGCUCAUUGUCGUCAAGCUCAGCGUCAUCCGCCAGCUCGUCGUCUGCCAGCUCAGCGUCAUCUAGCUCAGCAUCCUCAGCAUCGUCUGCUAGCUCAUUGUCGUCAAGCUCAGCCUCAUCAGCCAGCUCAGCCUCAUCUAGCUCAGCAUCCCACACUUCGGCCGCUAGCACAACCACGUUCACAUCCGCGUCAACCUCUCGCACGUCAUCUGGAGCAAGUACCACAACAUCGGCGGUUCCUAUCUGCAACCUGAACGCCAACAUCUGUUUGAACUCUCAGCUGAUUACCGCCAACAGCGUGGCCGUUGUGGGGUGUCCCCUACUCGGAGGUCUCCUCUGUACCGUCAAUCAAUUGCUCUCGCUUGUGCCACAGCUGCUCAAUACUGGCCCUAGUAUUGCAACCGUUCUAAUUGGUGACAACGAAGUCAUCGGGCUAAGCAUCACACCAGCAGAGGUCUCGGCUGCUAUCAAUGCUGGAGAGCUGAAUGGAGUCUGCGAUGCCCUCGGAGGUCCUGUCAGUGUCAUCAUUCGAGAUCCGACAUGCCCGAAUUCUCCCACGACGAGCAGUACUUCCUCCGUCAUCACCAGUUCCUCCUCUACGCGGAUCAUUUCCAGUCUCACGACCGUCGUUGGAACGUCUUCGUCGUCGGCGACCACAUCCUCAGGUUCACCCAGCAGAAGCGCAUCACAAUCGACAAGCACCGGUACCCCUGCGUCGACGACCCUGACCACCGUCACCAGGACGUCUACGUCGACGGGGACAACCACAACGUCGGCGGCGCCCAUCUGCAACCUCAACAUCAACAUCUGCUUGAACGCGGCCUUGAUUUCGGCGAACUCGGUGGCAACGUACAAUUGUCCACUCCUCGGUGGUCUGCUGUGCACGGUCAAUGACCUCCUCUCGGCCGUUCCUCAGCUCCUGGGGCUGAACCCAAACAUUGCCUCGGUGCUGAUCGGCAACAACGAACUCAUCGGUCUGACACUCACUCCCGAAGAGGUGUCGGCCGCCGUCGCUUCGGGAGAGUUGAGCGGAGUGUGUGACGCCCUGGGUGGGCCCGUCAGCGUCAUCCUCGACGACCCGACCUGCCCUGCCAACCCGACGGUCACCACGUCGACAUCGUCGACCAGAGCUACGAGCACGACGAGCACCGCACCUGCGACUACGACGACGGCGCCGCCUCUCUGCGACGCCCAGGUGGCUUUCUGCGCGCCGUUGGUCGUCGCGUUCACGGUGAGGUCUCAGGUCUGUCCGAACGUUCUCGGCUGCAGCGACGCCCAGAUGCAGGCUUUUGCCAACUCCUUCAUCGGUCUGCCCGGCGUCAAAUCCGUCGCCUACGCCGACAACAUCGCCUACGGCUUCAGCUUGACAACGACGCAGUUACAGCAACAGCUCGCCGUGUUGGGUCCCAUCAACGACAUCUGCACGGCAGCCAGCAUCUUCACCCUGGCAAUAUCAGACACGACCUGUCCGGCGACCGCCCUCCCGACACAGCAAUGCGGUGUGGACGUUGCGUUGUGCACUUUGGAGACCCUCGCCUCGGUCGGCGUCACGUCUGGAACAUGUUCCAAUGGUAUUUUGCCAUGCACGCCGAGUCAAGUCACCAGCGCGGCCAAGGACAGCUGCGGAAGCCAAGGUGGUGUCUGCCGUGCGUACGGAAACAACCUUCUCACGCCAUUGACCGCCACACAAUCGGUUGCGCAGAUCCAGCAAAGCAUCGCUUCGUAUGCCCUAGGCAAUACUUGUCUGGCAGGAACGACGGUCACACUGAGCGAUUCUUCGUGCACAUGA